UGCUCUGCUCCAGCUCCGACAGCUUCUGCUGGCUCCGGAGAUUCAGACCCAGAGGGACCCAAGAUGAGCUGCAGUCGCGCGUGUGUCUGUAGCCAUGGCACCGGUGUGGAGGAAAGUACGUGGUAUGGGAUCGAAACCUACCCCGGUCUCUUCUACAGGGAAAGCGAUAACCCAGAAGGACCCCUCGUCCAGUAUAACUACAGCCCUUGGCCCCCAUUGUGUUGGAAGGUGACCGUGUCCGUGGCGUCCCUGCUUCUCCUGCUCGGUGUGGCAGCCCUGACCACUGGCUAUGCAGUGCCCCCCAAACUAGAGCUGGUCAAUGUCAGUCGGUUCUCAUCUUUGGAUGAUCCAAUUCCCGACUAUAACCAAGCUCUGAUCACCUGCCGUGUGGCAGGAGCGACGCUGUGCGGGACAGCGGGGAUCCUGCUGGCUGUCUGCCUCUUCUUGGCCACCUCCAGUUGGCUGAACCAGGACAUCAAGGCAGAGCCCAUGGUCUCCGAAGCUGACAGCCCUGUGGAGGUCUUCAGAGAUGAGCCCGAGCAGCUGUCCCCUGGCUUCCAUGAUGUCAGCAAUCAGUCUUGGUUCUUGACUCCCACCAGUCCUUUGGGGCAGUGUUCUGUGCAGACCAGCCAGCCCCAAAAGGACUCCUAAGUCUGCAGGCUAGAGAAGGCAGACACUUCCCCCCGGUCCUCCUCGCCCUCCUUCCACGCUGUAGUGCCAGUCUCUCCAGAACCCUCAUAGCCCCCUCCCACCCCCCAGUAAGUCUUAUGCUCCAAUCUGCUCAAGACGGGUAAACUCAACUAAGAACGCCCGUCCAGGCUGGUGAAAUGGCCAGUGAGUGAAGGGCCUUCCUGGCAAGACUGACAACCUGAGUUCCAUAUCUGGGACCUACAAGGUGAAAGAAGCCUGGCUUCCUCUGGUUAUCCUUUGACUUCCCCCCACCCCCGCCACACACACACACACACACACACACACACACACACACAUACCCCACACCACACUCACAAAGAAAAGUAAUGAAAAAUAUAAAGUUCAGGGAUUAGGAAGAGUGGGACAUCUUUGCCCCUCAAAGUCCAUCCCCUAAACAGCAAUGCCCACUGGGCCUGAUUCUGACCUUCCUAAUAAGUGUGCCCUCCUGGAAGCCCCAUCCCUCUUCCUAUGGACUGUCCGGCCAGAAAGAUUUCCUCUUGUAGGACAGUAGAGGGCGCUCCAGGACAGCAGAGGAGCCUGUGGCAGACCAGCUGGCCUUUAGGGACAGGAAGAGGGUUCAGACAAAUCCCCACCACCUUUGCGCCCUGCAGGAUGUACCCUCC